AAUGUACAUUUGCUAUGUUGUUAAACUUUACCGGUGUUUAUAGUAAUUUUUUAGUAGUUGCGAGUUAGUUAUGUGUGUGUAAAUAAUAUUACAAUACCAACCAUUCAUUGGCAAUUGCUUAGUGAAUUGUUUGAAGUGUUGUGUAAGUUUCGAUGUGCAUACGGAGUGCAAACUAUGACCGCCCCAACCGCAGAACGAGGCUGCAAUUACAUUCCCUUACUGAACGGCUAUCGGAUACUCGACAUAUGAAUAAGUAACGAGAGGUGGCACCAUGGAAGAGGAACAAGGACAAUCCAAGCCCGGGUCCCCGCCUUCCUGCGGGGGCGGUGACGAGGAGCUGGAAUUGGAGGAAGCGUCCGCGGAGGAGGAGGAAGAGGAGACGCUGUCCCCGCCGGGCAGCCAGACGCCCUCCCAGCCCGCCACCAGCCCAGGAGCGUCUCCGGCUUCCUCGGGCUCCGUCCCCGCGACACCGGUGCAGGAGUCUCGGCUGAUGUUCUUCACCGGUAAGCCGCUGAACAUCAGGCGCGGCAGGGGCCGGCCGCCCUACAAGGAGAGGACGACACAGAGGCAGGGCCGGCGCAACUCCCUGGGCGUCAAACUCAAGAGGUGGAAGAGUCUGACGAAAGAAUCUCCCAGCAGAGAAGGCGACCCCGAGCAGCCGAGCCCGGCAGGAGACGGAGACGGGGCUGGAACCGAGACGGAGAAGGCACUACUGCCCGAGGAGCCACCCUACUUCCCUGAGCAGUGGCCGGGCAAGGUGUGCGCGCUGUGCAACCUGGGCGAGCGUAGCCAGCUGGGACAGGGGGACCUGCUGCAGCUGACGUACUCCCCCGAGGAGCUGGCCGCGCUGUUGAAGGAGCGAAGCGAUGCCGGCGCCGAGGGCGGCCUGUCGCUGGCGGGCGACGCCGACUCCGUCAUCGGCAGCAGCCCUAGCCGCGGGAACGGCCACGCUCCGGCAUUUGGAGGCCUCGCGGUGACUGUGCGGCGCCAGAAGAGCAUGGCCAAGUGCAAAAAUCCUUGCCCCACUAAUUCCGUCGAACCAGUGGACGAACUCAGUGUAGUCGGGUACCUCGACGAACCGGAUGUGGCGUCCAUCUUUGAAGCCUCGGGCCAUUUUUACGUCCACCAAGCGUGCGCACUGUGGUCGCAAGGUGUGACACGCUCCGAGGACCUGGUGUUCCGCAACGUGGCGUCGGCUGUGGUGCAGGCGGCCAACCGCCGCUGUUCACACUGCGGCCACUUCGGGGCGAGUGUCGUGUGCAGGGUCGCCAACUGCGGGCGGGCCCUCCACUUCCCUUGCAGUGCCGCAUCCGGUGCGUUCCAGGAGUGCAAGUCCGUCACUGUGGUCUGCAGCCUCCACUUGGAUCAGGUCCCCUUACUCUUGUCCGGAGAGGGGGCGUGCGUGAGCUGCUUCGGGCUGGGCGACGUCGCGAACCUGGUGAUGUGCACGGCGUGCGGACAGCACUGGCACGGCCUGUGCCUGUCGAUGGCGCUGCUGCCCGGAGUGCGCGCCGGCUGGCAGUGCCUGGGGUGCCGCGUCUGUCAAGUGUGCCGGCAGCCGGGCGAGGAGGAGUCCAAGAUGAUCGUCUGCGAGUCCUGCGACAAGGGCUACCACCAGACCUGUCUGCGACCCGUCGUUACUACCGUCCCCAAGUACGGUUGGAAGUGCAAGUGCUGCCGCGUGUGCUCGGACUGCGGGUCACGCACGCCGGGUGCCGGCCACUCGUCGCGCUGGCACGCCCACUACACGGUGUGCGACUCCUGCUACCAGCAGCGCAACAAAGGCUUCUGUUGCCCACUGUGCCGACGCGCAUACCGCGCGGCAGCCUACCGUGGGAUGGUGCCGUGCAGUCUCUGCAGAAAGUUUGUGCACGGAACGUGUGACGCUGAGGCUGACCUCGUAACGUACCAGCAGAGGAAAGAGAGCCAGCCGGACUACGAGUACGUCUGCCCCAUCUGCAAGAGCCUUACUCAGCCUGGCCGCACCCUGCUGCCCAAAGCUCGCAAAGACAGUGUGGACGAUGCAGGCCCAGACUCAAGCCUGUCGGCGUCCCGAGAGUCACUGUACCUGGAGGAGGAGAUGGAUGUGGAGACCUCUCCUUCAGAGAGGGAGUACACAUUCUCGGACCGAGCGGAGCUACGCGGGGCGGUCGGCCUCGGCAAGGGGAAGCCUUUCUGCGCCGGCAAGAUCGCCAAGAAGAAGCUGGGCCUGUCGGGCAGCGUGCGCGGCAAGGGCGGCCACGGUUACCACAAGCGGCAGCGCCUCACCGACUUUGGGCGCAAACGCGGGCCCAAGGCGAAGAUGAGGGGCGUGUUCGGGGCGCCGGGAGUCGGCCUCCAGAGGCCCCAGGUGGACACGUCCCAGCAGAGCGGUGGGCGGCAGCCUGCGGACGAGGAGCACGGCAUAGAGAACAGGCUGGUGCUGUGUUCCGCCAAGGACAAGUUCGUACUGACGCAGGACCUGUGCGUGAUGUGCGGCGCCAUCGGCAUCGACCAGGAGGGCUGCCUCAUCGCCUGCUCCCAGUGUGGCCAGUGCUAUCACCCCUACUGUGUCAACGUCAAGGUGACGAAGGUGAUCCUGCAGAAAGGCUGGCGUUGCCUGGACUGCACGGUGUGCGAGGGCUGCGGCCUGCGCGACGACGAGGCGCGCCUCAUCCUGUGCGACGACUGCGACAUCUCGUACCACAUCUACUGCAUGCAGCCGCGCCUCGAGUACGUGCCCCACGGCAACUGGAAGUGCAAGUGGUGUGCCGUGUGCACCGUGUGUGGCAGCAACGACCCCGGAUUCAACUGCACCUGGCAAAAGAGCUUCACGGAGUGCGGUCCCUGCGCAUCGAUGAAUACUUGCCCGGCGUGCAGCGACGCCUAUUGCGAAGGAGACCUCAUUAUACAGUGUGUGCAGUGUGAGAGGUGGCUGCACUGUGCCUGCGACCAGAUCAAGACAGAGUCGGAAGCGGAGCGGUGUUCGGAGGAGGGCUACACGUGCCUAAUGUGCCGGCCUCGCGAUGAGCCGCCCCCGCACCUACUGCCCUCGUCCAACCUCGCCCCCAGGCCUCCGCCACCAGUCUGCAAGAGUCCGGAACUACCACCGAAGGUCGGAUCGCAGGCACAGUUCUAUGUAGACGGUGUCUGCCUUUCGGAAGUGGGGUUGCACCAGAUCAAGUCACUGACCAUGGAGCAGCAGAUCGUCCCACGGAAGAAGAGGUAUUCACGAAAGCUGUCGACGAAGGCCGACAAGGAGGCCGGCAUAAUGGCUACGAUAGAGUCCGUGGUCGCAGGAGGCAGUCAAGACGAGCAGCCGGUUGUGAAAGUGGAGCCGGCCAUCGAGUAUAGGGAGGGCAUGGUGUGGCACGCCGGGGAGGACGGCGGCCCUGCCGAGCCGCCAGAGGGCUUCACGGUCUACACGACGGACAGCGGUGUCAUGAUUCUGCGCAGGAAGAGGCAGCGCAACCUGCAGAAGCUCGGUAUCGGAGGCUUCGUCGUCCGCCUCCGCGGCACCCGGUACAAGGACGAAGAGGGCGGGGUCGCAGCAGAUGGUGCGGGGAGUGCCGCCUGCUCUACCGGUGAGACUAUAGGGGGAGGAGCCGCCGUCCACGGCCACGGCACCGAGGACGGCACGAAGCCCCGCCGCAAACCGAACCGGAGAAGGCCCCGCAACCGCCUCAUGGAGUGCUACCCUUCGUACCUGCAGGAGGCAUUUUUUGGACGAGAGCUCUUGGACACAACAAAGGAGAAAGAAAUCGGUAGCAGUGACUCUGAAGGAGAGUCAGCGACACCUAAUGUUGGCGAGGACAAGAUUAUACAGCUAUCGCAGGAUGAAAUAAAAGCUAUAGAGGAACUGAAACCAAAAGAAGAAAGUGAAACAGAGAAGCAAGACAAGAAGGGGGACAAUGAAGGAGAUAACUCGGGCAGCAAGUCGCCAGACAAGGAGCAGGUGGCCGGUGACGAUGCCGACGGGAGCGACUCCGAGGUGCUGAACAUGCUGCCGUUGCCGGGUGACCUACUGGACACCGACCUUGUCGACACGAUCAUGAACGAGGACGAUGACGACAUCGCGAAAACUGGGGAUAACCUCGACGAAAUUGGCGAAGACUCGGAGUUGAAUGACUCACUUCCUAUAACAGACGGUGGGGCAGACGUUUCGGGGACCAGUCAGAAGGACGAGCUCACGGACAUCUUGAGUCCGCACUUUAACCUCGAGUCUAUGGUGCGAGACACUGGUCUCCCCAACAUGGACAGCCGUGACGUGGAGGAAAUCAUCAAAGGAGUGCUGACAGACGAAGAGUCCCAGGAGUCGGUGUUUCCCACGGGAGCUGCCGCCACCCAGCAGUCUUCAGGAGUGCAGCCCAGCGCAGCUCUGCAGAGGACGCAGGUGGGGGGACCACUGCCACCUGUCGUACCUUCGAGCCUGUCGUCACCGUCGCCCUACCAUUCCGAGUACAGCAAUAGUCCGCAGUUCAGCCCUGCGUUCUCGGAGCCGGCCAGCCCGUGGAUGUCUCCUGCUGAAGUCGGUGACGGUGAUGGCGUUUCCUCGUACAACGCUCGCACGGCAUUAAAAAUGGAGGCAGAUGAGCCACUGGGCGACCAGGCUACAAUAUCUGCCGUACUGUACGCAAACCUCCACCAUCCGGAGCUGAAGAAGGAGUUCCCAGCUUGGAACGAUCGAGCGAAACAGAUCCUGAAGAAGUGGAGGUCAUUACCGUCGGAGCGUAAGGCGCCGUACCUGCAAAUGGCCCGGGAGAACCGAACUGCACAGCGGAUGAAGAAGACGCAGCAGGACCAGGAGCGGCUACUGCAGCAGCAGAAGACGUCACGUGAGGCGGAACAGGAGCGGCAGUGGAAGCAGCUGCAGGCGCUGCGGCAGCAGCAGGCGCACCAGCACCAGCAAGUGAUCCAGGAGCAGCGCGUGCAGGCAAUGGCAAGAGUGCACCGACAGAUGAGUGUUGACGGCAUCCCGUUCCCUGCAGAGUCGCAGCAAGUCGCUGCCGGACUAUCGCCUCAGGACGGUUGUCUGACGUCACCGGUGGGCAUCCGUCCUCCCCCGUUCCCGCCACCCGCGGGGAUUCCUUCCGGUGCCCAGAAGGGGCAGCGACUGCCGAAUCCAGGUGCGGGUGCGGUUCCGGGCGGCACGAUUUUCCCGCACCCCGCGGCAGCCGCCGUCACGGGGGUGGGUGUCCCGCGGCCGCCAGCGCCACCCCCGCAGUCACAGCGCGCCUUCCAGCCGGCCCUGGUGGGGAUUCCCCCUCUACCCGAGCAGCCGCAGCAGGUGGCCGUGUUCCGGUCGGCCACUUCCGACGUUGUGGACCCGUACGCCCAGCCGCCGCACACCCCGAGGCCCCCAGCUCAACAGCAAUUCCCACCGAUGAUGGCCGCAGUGCAGAGGUACACCCCGACACCGUACCCUCAAGGAGCCCCGCCACCGCCUCCGCCGGGUAUGCGCGCCGUCCAGUUUGCCGCCGCCGCUGCCGGAGGCCCGACCCCCCCGCGACACGGGUUCACCCCGCGCGGUCCAGAUGCGGGUGGGUAUGUGACAGCUGCCGGCCUGGGCUUCGUCCGCCCCGGCCCGCCCGUCGUACAGGCCCACGUGGGCGCGCCGCCUCAGUCCGCCGGCGUAGGUGUGGGCGCUGUGGCGGCCGCAGAUCCGUACGCCGUGCCGGCUCUGACACCUAGACCUGCACAGGAACAGCUGCGGGACCUCCUGCAGACCAAGAAGGCGGCAGACGAGCAGCCGGGGCCCAGGCUGUGGGCGGCAGAUCAGCUGGCGCCGCAGCAGCACGGUGGCGCGGAGGUGGCGGCGGACCCCGGUGCGGAGUUCCGGCAGCCGCUGCCUCCCGCACCGUCGCGCCCGCCGCGCCUCGCUGCCCCCGCUGUGAUCAGGGCUGCCCAGCUGCCACUGCAGGCACAGGCUGCACUCAGGCCACCCCUCCAGGGCCCGGACCCGAGAAUCCGACACGUUCUGCAGCAGCGGUACCCGGGAGCGCUGCUGCGUGCGCAGCGCAACCCUCUGGAUCCUUACGACCAUCUGGUGCAGCAUACCCAGCCGCAGGCACACCACCAGGAACCGUCCCCACAGCCGUCGCCGUUCGCUACUGCCGGUGCCAUUGUGUCAUCGGAUGCUCAAGAAAUACCUGAAAGUGUGACCGAAGAACUAGAGAAGUUGGAAGAAGAAGGCGUCGGAGCGAUACUUGGAGAACUGGGCGACGAUGACGAACUGCUCGAGAUGGGCAACGAUUUCAACAUCUUGGAGUAUGCGGAUCCAGAACUGAGCAGUGUAGUGGGAGGAGAAAAGACGAACAUACUGGACGACAACCUGGACCUGGAGGAAGUAGCGGCAGGAAGGACAAACGACGAUCACAAAGGGGUCAAGAAGGAGCCGCCGGCGACUGCCGUGAGCGCGACACCCGCCGCCCGGCCACCUGCCCCCACACCGUCCACUCCGACGAGUCACUCAUCAACGCCAAAGUUAGCUGAGACUCCAUCCCCGAGACAGCAGGUAAAAGAAGAGAGCUCUGAUCAACCGGUGGCUCCAAGCACAAGUUCCUCAACUCCGGAACAACAGGUAUUGGCGAGGCAGGCCUUCCCGGGCACCAGCCCCACCCACUACGCCGGCGGUGCACCCGGCGGGACGUCUCCGACGACGGCAGCGACGGGACUGCACCUGCAGCGACUCCCUAUACACGUGCAAGCUGUGAUCCACCACCGGCAACAGCAGCAGCGCCUGCAGCUGCGGCCCGCCGGUCCUCAGCGCGUCGUGUCGGUGGCUCCGGUGACCGGCCAGCGCCCAGGUCUCGCCCCGCCACCUCCGCCCUACCCGGGGCCGCCGCCCCCGUACCCGGGUCAGCAGGUGCAGGUGAGCCUGCGCAACCUGAUGCCUCCGAGGGCGCAGACGCCGGCGCCGGCGCCCCAGCCUCAGCCGCAGGGUGCAGCCGUCGUCCAGCCGCGCAGGCCACUGCUGCUACAGGAGCAGCCCCUGCUGCUGGAGGAACUCCUCGAGCAGGAGAAACGUGAGCAGCAGCAGCAGCAGCAACAGCAACAGCAACAGCAACAGCAACAACAGCAGGAGGGGCCCGAGGCCGACUUCUCCGCGGGGGCCGCCGGCGUCACACCACAGUCUCCCCAGCAAGGACGAGGUGCACUCCCGAGCCCGGGAGGCCCGCGUCAGCAGUUCCUGGCCGGCGGCGUGCGGCCGGCGGUCCCCACCUCUCAGCAGUCACUAGGUACCGGGGCCACCACGGCGCGGCCUCCUCCGCCACCCCAGGGUCUGCCAUCCGGAGAAGCUGCCGGAGGCAGCAGAGUCCCCCCGUUCAGCGCGCCGAGCCUGCCGCCUCCGCCUGCGCCGCCGCCGGACGACGUCGUGACGGAGGCGGACAGGCAGCAGCAGGCAGCGUACGAACAGUGGCUCUCGCACCAGAUGCAGCUCGUGUCCGCCCAGCUCAAGUAUUACGAGUGUGAGGUCAGCAAGCUGCGCAAGACUCGAAAGUCCCUGAACAGCAAGCAGCGCUCACUGCGCAAGGCGGGGUCGGAGCUGGGGGAGGCGGAAGCCGGACAGCUGGCGCAGGUGACGGCGGAGACGGCGGCUCUGCAGAAGCACCUGGAGGCGGCACGCCGGCAGAGCCGCCAGCACAGCAUGCUCGUGCAGGAGUACCGCAACAAGCAGCAGCAGAAGCAGCGUCCGCAGCUACCGGCCGGCGGAGGUGCGGAGCCCCCGUCUCCGACGUACGCGGCGCGCUCGCCGACGGUGCCUUCGCCUGCCGGAGGGGGGGCGUCGCCGCUCCCCAGCCCCGGGGGGCCCGCGGCACUGCAGCAGCAGCAGAUGAUGGCGCCGAGCCCGAGCUCUGCCGCCAACCGCGGCCGGUCGCCUUCUCCCCGCACGGGCACACCUCAGUCGCAGCACGGCGAGGAGAGCGCUUUCAGCCCGGGAGCGCAGAUGCCGUCACCGGGACGCCUGACUUCGCCGUCACCCCAGCAGAGGAUGUCUUCGCCACAGCACCGGACGACGCCUGGCCCGUUUCCCUCUGACCAGAUGAGGAUCCAGCACGCGGGCCCCCGCUUCGCGCGCUCCCCCCUUGGGUUGGGGACGCCGCAGCCGCAGUCGGCCACCGCCUCCUCUCCCGCAGAGUUGCACCGCCCGCGCAGCUUGCCGGCCGGCUACGGGUCGGGCGCCAGUGAGCGGGCGUCGCCCGUGGGUGGGCGGCCCUCGGGGGGCGCGGGCUCGUCGCCGGCGACUCCUGCGGCGGGCCCGUCCCAGCAGCAGCGGCAGCAGCAGCAGCAGCUGAUCGUGCAGCGCCACAUACAGCAGCAGCAACAGCAGAUCCUGCAGCAGGAGCAGCUGCAGCACGAGCAGCAGAACGCGCUGGCCACGCUGCAGCAGCGCCAGCAGCAGCUCUCCCUGCAGCAGCGCCACCAGCUGCUGCAGCAACAGCAGAUGCUGCAACGCCAGCAGCAGCUCCUUCUGCUGCAACAGGGAGGUGGCAGCCCGGCCCCGCCACCGCAGAGCCCGACGACUCCGUCCCCACGGCAGCAGUUGACCCCCCAGCCCAGGGUCUCCGGCAGUCCGCAGGGUGCGGAGCACCCGCCCACGCCUCAGCAGCAACAGGAUCGGCAGCAUGACGGCGACGGGGGAGGUGGGGGUGGAGGUGGAGGGGGUGGCAACCCACACAACCCUCUGAACCCCAUCCCCAUUCUGAGGUUGUUUGGCCGCUACGGCACUUUCAAGCUCGGCCUCCGCGGAGGAUCGCCGAUGUGGGGGUACGGACAGCCACCUUCUACCGGCGCCGCCGGUGGGCGCGACAGCGGGGGCGGCGGCGGCGGCAACGGAGGAGGCAGUUCGGCCCCCCCUACACGCCAGCAGCCGGACACGUCACUCGUCUGCGCCGACUACAACGAUUUCGACGACGAGAGCUCGCACACUCCUCCGUCUGCACCUGUUGAGAAGGACGCCACCCGGCCGCACACCUCGGUCACGGCAGAGGAGGAAGUCGCGUGCGAUGCCGGUGCCGGGACGCCGCCGCCGCAACCGCAGACGCAGACGCAGCCGCCUCCCCGGGGGUCCGCGAUCCCGUCGGUACUCGGUUCGAACGGUGACCUCCCGAGGGACAGGUCGGAGCUGGAACCUCCGGGAAGAAUUGCCAUUAUAGGACCUCGCUCGGGUCCGGAGAAGAUAGUGGCGACGACCGACACCCCCGAAUCGCCGGAUCAGGUUGAAAUGAAUGUAGACCCAUCACCAGAACCAUUCCUGCCCACUCCAGAGACUGUGGGUAGCAAAGAGGAAGAAGAAAUGGCAAUCCACCAAGAAGAAGUUGUCAUUCAAGUGGACAAGUCUUCAGGGAAGCAGGAUUCUGCACGGGCAGGAGCUGACGAGUGCCACGCGGAAGGGAAGCUGCCGUCGGCACCGGAAAUGUCACCGUUCGCGACGCCGACUCCGCCUCCUCUCCCGCCUCCCGGCACGCCCUCCCACACGCCGCCCGCCACCCCGCAGAGCCCGAGGGUCGUCGCACAGUCGCCUUACCAGCACCAGCAGCCCGUCGUGGCGUCGGUCAUAGCUCGCCGCCCGACGCCCUCUCCUCCUCAGCACCAGCAGAGUCACCACCAUUACCAGCAGCAGCUACAACAGCACCAGCUCCAGCAACAACAACAGGAAGAAGAGUCGCACCAGAAGCAGAUGCAGAAGACGUCUCCGUCCCCUUCGGCGCACGAGUCGGCGCACUUGUCGUCUAGGCUCCCACCAUACGGAUUGACUCCGACAUCGCGGGCCACCGGUGUAAGCGUCAUAGCCAGCACACCUCGGAUGUCAGCAUCUGAGCAGUCGGGUGUUCCGAAUGCCGACGAGAGGAACAGGGCGGAGCCGAGACCGAGUGUCCUCGAAGGCCCGGCGGCGAGGCAGCUGGCAGACAUAGAGAACUCGUUCAAGGUCAUACAUUCCAUAGUUACAGAAGCAAAAUCACAGAGUUCGACCCAACAGCAUUCUGAAACGAGACCUACCGUAUUCGCUGUAGCCGAGAAAUCGCGUGCUCACCUUCAGGACGAGAAUCUGUCGGCACCGAUCCUGCGGUCGGAAGAAAACAUUUCGGUUCCCGUCUCUCUGGGACCGGUUUCGCACAGAAGUCAGCCCGUCGAUGACCGUUUCCGGUCGGCAGUUCCCACGAGUAGCCACGCGGUCGGCGUCGUUUCUCUCGACAGACGACUCGCGCCCGGGCCCGGCCCGCCCUACGAGACCGCACGGGUGGAUACGCUCACGACGGGACUGGCAAACGUCGAACGGCGAGACUCGGAGCAGGCGAUUAGAGCGUCAGUCCUGGGAGACCAACUGCGCGCCGCCGCCGCCGCCGCUGCAGCUGCAGAGCGGUCGCGCUCCCUCGACUCCGAGCCCGGUGUCGUCCGUUCCGUGCUGGAGAGCCGUCUCAUUGGGCAGCAGCAGGUCCCGACUUCAAGCCCUCAGAUGCACCACCACGUCGUCCCACCGCCCACGUACAGACCACUGCAACAACAACAACAACAACAACAACAACAACAACAACAGCAACAGCAACAGCAGCAGCAGCAGCAGCAACAACAACAACAACAACAACAACAACAACAACAGCAGCAGCAGCAGCUGCUGCAGCGGGCCGGUGCUGCCCCUGUGACUUCGUGCAGCGUGUCGACGCCAUCGCCUCUGCAGCAGCUGCCGGCCGUGUCGUCGCCGGUCCAUCAACAGCCACGCUCUGCCGAGCAGUCUCCCGGCUCUGCAGUGCACCAGUACGUCUCCGUCAACACGUAUGGAGGUGUCGUCAGCAGAUCACCACCGGUCGCAAGGACGCCGACAACACCGUCACCUCGAUACCACCUGCAAGACUCGUCGCCACCCCCACUGUCGUACCAACAGUCGGCGACCACUUUCGUGCACAGCUAUGCAAAACCUUCGAUCAAGCGAGAGGAUUCGCCAAAACAGUACCCGCCCGCAGUGACGGUGAAGACGGAGCCGGCGGAUGUGGACCGGCUGGUGUCGCAGGUGCCGCACCUUCCCCACCAACACCCCCACCACCAGCCGCCCCCGCCCCCGCAGCCGCAGCAGCAGAUCCUCUACCAGCCGAAGGCGGAGCCCCACUCUGGACAACCGCCACCCAGCUGCAAGUACCACCCGGGGUUGCAAAUGCAGCAUCGCAUUCUGCAGCAACAACAGCUGCAGCAACAACAGCUGCAGCACCUGCAGCAGCAGCAGCAGCAACAACAACAACAGCUGUUACUUCAACAACAACUGCAACAACAACAGCAACUGCAGCAGCAGCAGCAGCAGCAGCAACAACAACAACAACAACAGCAGCAGUUGCAACUUGAGCAGCCUCAGCAACAACUUUACCACCAGCAGCAACAGCAUCUAGCUCAGCAGCAGCAGCUGAGCCUGCAGCUGACACCGGGCGAGCAGCGAGUGCGCGGCCCCGGGUCCGGUGCCGAGCUGCUGUCGCCGCCCACGCCGCGAUCGUUCACCUCACCGUCCGCAUCGCCGCUCACCUCUCCGCAGGUGGCAGGCAAGGGUGGGCCUCAGCAGAUCAGCCCCAUGCCAGCGAGUGAGAUUAAACGAGAGCAGCCGGACGUGCUGAGCCCCACCGGCAAGCUGGAGCCGAAGGAUGAGGCGAUGGACCUUCUGGGCCAGGACCAGGCGUCUCUGGAGUUGAAGAAGUUAAAAAGGCGCCAAUACCAGCAGAAGCGCCGUCAGAGCCAGGGCAAGGAAGCUUCGACAACCCCGAAGAAGAGGCCGCGCAAGGCGGAAGAAGACUACGACACGUUCGUGGAGAACGUGAUGACACAGUUGCGGCAGUUGCCACCUCUGUCGAUUCUCGAGCCGACUCUGGCCAGGAACCACUCGGCAUGCCCCGUGUUCGGUGCAGGCGACGCUACGAAGGUGGGACCCCUGACCGGAGAACUGCGCGGCAGAUACGGGAGCGCAUCGUUACCCAACGUUUCGGACCAUUACAACACGAGGCCAUUUGGUCCUCUGCCGCCACUGCCUCCUCUCCCACCUCCGUCGACACAGCGAGGGUUUUAUGACCAGGAGUUUGCUUCUGUUCGUUUUGAUAAUGACAGUGACGAUAAAAAAGAUCACCGGGAGAGAGAUAACGACACGCCGGACACCAUUAUAAGUUCGUCUUCUCCCGAGUGUGUUUUCAGAGAUCUGCCACUUCGUUUUCCAGGUUUACAAUUAAUUAAAGAUGAAGACGAAGAUGAAAGUGAGGAAGACAGCAAGGCGUGGGCAGCACGCCGCACCUCUCCCGUCAUUCCACUCGUCACUCCGAUACCCAUCCGGCUGCGCCCACCACCACACUACGCCAAGGACGCUGCCGAUGUGGACAAGGAGAACGCCGGAGGGCCUCAACUGCUGGUGCGCCAGCGGUUCGGCCCAUCCCCGCCGGCUCCGUUGCGCGACUCCGGCAAUGUGACGGUGACACUGACGCUCACGGCCGCUGCCGCCGAGGACAUUGCGGGCGUCCUGCACCGGCUGGCCGGCAUCCUGCGAGUGCCGGCGCCUGCGGCGUUUGACGUGAUCGAGAGGACGAGCACACCGCCCUCCCAGAAGUUGGGGCUGUACAGGACUCGCGGGAAGGACGGCAAGGAAGGAGCUCCCGUGGAUAUCCAGAGCAUCCUGAACGGUGCCGCAAAAUUUUGCCGUCACUGCGACGUCGUGAUCCUGACGAACCUGAUACGCAAGAAGGUGAGCGAGAUCCCGGGUCUGUCGGCGCGGGAGGAGCUGGUGGCGGACACGGGGCCCGAUGGGGACGUCUACUUCUGCAGCGCCGCCUGCUACAUGCAGUUCGCCCUCAUGCACCGCUCCCCGACUCUCAACCAGCAGGAGAAGGCUGCAGCUGUCGUGGACCACGUGAGUCAGGAAAUGAAGCGAGAGGUGAAAAUAAAGGAGGAAGUGGUGGAGCCGGCACAGGCAGAGUCCGCCGACGGAGAACACGAAGCGGACAAGCUCGUAAUAAAGAUCAAGGAAGAACUGCCGGAUCCAGACGAAACAUCUCAGACCUCCAACGAGCCCGUCACGCCGACCGGCAAGGCAAAAGUGGAAGAGCCCACGAGUGCGGAGCCCCCGGCAGAGGAAUUUCAGCGCCCCGAGAAGCGCAGCCACCGGGCGGCAGCUGGCGAAGAGCCCGCCCGCAAGGUGUGGAAGGGCGUCCGCUACCGCUACUGGAGCCUGGGCUCCGUACAGCCGGCAACCAAGUACAAGAAGCCGACCGAGCGGGAGAUUACAGAGAUGCUGUUUCGCAUGGGGAUCACAAUGGCACCAUCAAAAAUGCCCGAGGACACUCGCAAAUGCCUGUUCUGUCAUCAGAUAGGAGACGGAGUGGCCGACGGGCCCGCCAGGCUUCUCAACUUCGACGUGGAUCGCUGGGUGCACCUGAAUUGCGCACUGUGGUCGGACGACGUGUACGAGACGGUGAACGGUGCAUUGAUGAACCUGGAGAGUGCGCUGCAGCAGGGGAUGCAGGCGACGUGCGCACUUUGCACCCAGGCGGGCGCCACGGUGCGCUGCUUCAAGCUCCGCUGCUCCUCCGUCUACCACCUGGGCUGCGCCGUCAAGGACGGCUGUGUCUUCUACAAGAACAAGUCGAUGUACUGUGCCACCCACAUACCGAAGAACGAGAAGGACAACGAGCUGACGACGCUGGCAGUGUUCCGGCGUGUGUACGUGAACCGUGACGAGAACCGGCAGGUGGCAGCAGUUAUGCACCAGUCGGCGGACCAGAGCAACCUGCUGCGUGUGGGCGGCCUCAUCUUCCUGAGUGUGGGGCAGCUGCUGCCGCACCAGCUGCACGCCUUCCACUCGCCCUCCUGCAUCUACCCCAUUGGCUACAAGAUAGUGCGCUUCUACUGGAGCAUGCGGGUGCCGAACAAGCGGUGCCGCUACGUGUGCAGUAUCCACGACGUGGCGGGCCGGCCCGAGUUCCGCGUGCUGGUGCAGGAGCCGGCGCAGGACGACCUGGAGCUGCGCGACACGUCGCCGCGCGCCGUCUGGGCGCGCAUCCUGGAGCCGCUGGCGGCGCUGCGGCGCCAGCAGGGCGGCGUGCAGCUCUUCCCCAAGUACCUGUCUGGCGAGGACCUGUUUGGCCUCACCGAACCGGCCGUAGUACGCGUGCUCGAGAGCCUUCCCGGUGUGGAGACACUGACGGACUACCGCUUCAAGUACGGGCGCAACCCGCUGCUGGAAUUGCCUCUGGCCGUCAACCCGUCGGGCUGCGCACGAACCGAGCCCAGGGCGCGUGGCCAGCUGCCGUGGAAGCGGCAGCACACGCAGCGGACGUCGACGCUCAACCGCAACGCGCCCUUCGUCCCCGCCCUCACGUACGGUGGCAUCCAGGGGGAGGCGGCGUGCCCCUACUCGAAGCAGUUUGUCCACUCCAAGAGUUCCCAGUACAAGAAGAUGAAGCAGGAGUGGAGGAACAAUGUGUACCUGGCCAGGUCCAAAAUACAAGGGUUAGGUCUUUACGCAGCACGAGACCUGGAGAGACACACGAUGGUCAUAGAGUAUAUCGGGGAAGUAAUCCGCACCGAAUUGUCCGAAGUUCGUGAAAAACUGUACGAAGCGAAGAAUCGAGGUAUAUACAUGUUCCGCCUGGACGAAGACCGUGUGGUGGACGCUACCCUGUCGGGCGGCCUCGCUCGCUACAUUAACCACUCGUGUAACCCCAACUGCGUGGCGGAGACUGUAGAGGUGGAGAGGGACCUCCGCAUCAUCAUUUUUGCCAAGCGACGCAUAUCACGUGGUGAAGAGCUGGCGUACGACUACAAGUUCGACAUCGAAGACGACCAGCACAAGAUACCGUGCAAUUGCGGGGCUCCCAACUGCCGUAAGUGGAUGAACUGAGUCGGCCACCACUUCCGGAAGGAGCGACCGCCGAGUACCCGAUCGCCUCUCCGAAUGGGACACCGGUCGUGUCGAAGUCCGCACCCGGGUGUCGAGGGGUUACCUGCGGUGUGGUGCCGUAAGGAUUUAAUCUGAUGCCUUAACAAUUUUGUUGCCUUAUAUUCCACACUGGGAGAACUGACAGCUCGAAGUAAUGUCCUCCCUCUCAAAGUACACGCCGAGGUCCGUUAUUUCUUCGGUUAAACGUGCGGUCCGGGAGAGAACACCUCGAUGCACGUGUGAGAGGAGGAAUGUAAAACUGACAAUACUUUUAAGAGUGCCUGUGUCAGCCAGAUUCCCGAGUAAAACUGGGAUCACGUACUCGUAGUAGGUCGGUACACGGGUAACUGAUUAACUCACUUCACCGACCCGCCUUAUACAACAAUAAUUGUACGAAAUUUAUUUUGAGAAAUUUAGGUAACUGCCGUUCAGAAGUGACCUUUGACAAACAAUAUUCGUGUCGUUAGAUUGUGGUGACGGACAUCUUGUGAGUGCAAUCUGAAUGAUACAGUGUUUUCAGCUGGGAAGUUGUGGUGGAAAGCUACUUUGGGCCCGGGCUGUAGCACCUCACUUUGGCACCUGGGGUUACUGUUUUCCUUUAGAGUGCUCAUUGUGUGGCUAGUGUGAUCACUUGUUCUGCAGAGUGUUUUGUAACGCAGUUUUCUUUUUAAUGUGAUGUUUACAGAGAGCCAUUUGGCAGUUUGUAUUUGUGCACCGCACGUGUUACUUGUCACUGUGAAACUGGCAUAUCUCUGAUAGUGUGUGCAUCAUUUCUCGUACGUGUGUGCUGCCAGUUUAAGAUUCUCUUCUGUAGCUCGAAAGGUGUUCGUUUGUUAGAAUAGUGUAACCGGUCAAACGCAUUUUGUUACAAACUGCUCGACUGUAUUUUUACAGUGUCAUUUAGUGACAACAGUGCCUGCUGAGGGGAUGAGGUGGUCUUUUUAAUUAUUAUCUAAAUGAUUCCAUUGGUUGUGUUUAAAACUAUUUCAAAUGGGCGUUUUAUCAAAAGAAUUUUAUGUGUAUACGUUUCUGUUGUGCACAUAUGUAAUAUGGAAGUUAGGAAAUUUCAGGGUUGAGCAUUGGUGUGUGAUGUAUUACAGUAAGAGUAAGUGUAUAUUGAGAAAUGCCUUAAAUAUGGCUACUUUACCAGAGAACAAAUUGUGAAUAUGUAUAAUUUUUUUAGUGUAUAGUAUAAAUUGCUUGAUAGAAGCUAAUAGCCAAAGUUUUUGAAAGAUGUUAAUUUUUCCUAGCAAACAAUCUUUGAGAGAUUUGUUAUGGUGCAAUAUUAUGGUAUGUAAUAGCUAGUGAGAUCACAGAUGCUUAUUCUUUACUUUUAGAAAUGUCAAGGGCUAUCCACUGCAGAUUUCAGUUUGUCAUCAUGCAGUCUUAAUUUUGUGUGCACGGCUCUUUUACAAUUUUUAAGUAAGAAAUGUCUGUAUUCUGUACUAAAUGAUUUAAUUUCAAGAUUAUUUUUUUUAACAAUCACAAUUUUUGUACACAGGUGUUUUUUUUACUAAAAAUAGAUGCCCGUUACUCAAUACCGACUGUGCGUGUGCACAAAAAUGCGUACAAAAACGGCCAGUGCGUAACUCCGUUCGUAUAGUGUGAACAGUGUUUGAGAAAUCUCUCGUCACUGGCAAAACCGGCAGAGAACGAUGUGCUGCGAACAGUCACAUUGUACUAGCUAAUGGUAGCUGCCUGCUGAGUGGGCGCGAUACGCCUCACUCUACGAGGUAUCGUUACAGAUUGUUCACGGUGUAUUUGAGAGUUGUGUAGCUGACGUGAAUAGUUUUUUCUCUAGGCAGCAGUUUUUUAUUUUGUACGAUUGUAAUUUUUGAUUCGGUGCCUGAGUGAUUUAAUAUUUGACCAGCAGCUGAAUAAUUAUUGCUGCAAAAGAUUUCACUUAUUCCUACUGACCGUGUCAUUUGGGUCUCAGUGCAAUUAACAGUGAAACAUUGUAAGGCUCUUGUAAAAUGAAGUAAAAACCCUUACUUCCAUUUGGUUUUUUAAAAUUUUACUGAAUGGCACCAGUUGAAAUUUUAAAUACUGGCCAAAUGUGUAUCUGAUUCAAUAAUCUUGGAAGUAAAUCAUUUGUGUUAACAGUUUUUCAAAUGCUCGCACCUUCCACAGAAUGGUGUACGACACGUGUUUCGUGAAAUGUCAGUUGUGGAGAAACUGUGAAGACUUAUGCAAUGAUGACUCCAUAGUUACCCAGUUCUUUGACACUUAUAUUGUGAGUUCUUAUAUUUGUCUUGUCUUUUUUUGUAAAUAUGAAACUUUUGUAUGAUAAUUUUCAUCAUGUAAGCAUAUGUAAGUGUUUUGAUUGAAGUGUCCACAUUUUUGUUUAGUGUGAAAAUUGUUGGAAUGAUGAAUAUAUGAUUGAAAUGAGUAA